AUGUCGGUGAUGCAAAAGCGGCAGCAUUGCUAUUUAUGCGAUUUACCUCGCAUGCCUUGGGCGAUGCUGCAUGAGUUUUCGGAACCAGUAUGUCGAGGAUGUGUAAACUACGAAGGUGCUGAUAGAAUAGAAGUAGUGCUUGAUACAGCACGACAACUCAAACGUGCUCAUGGUUUUCAAGAAGGCCGUGGGCCCUCACAUGCCAAAGGUGGCCACCGUGCGCCAUUAGAGGCUCAUCAAAAUGGUGGAGAAUCCGGUACAAGAGGUCAACCAGCUCCUCCUGCACAUCAUGCACCAACUGCUGGAUUUGCAUUGCAUCAUUCGCGGCCAACUACUAACGCUGGUUUACUAGCAGAGUACGGCGGUCGAAGAGAAGAACAUGAAGGCAGAAGGCUUGCACAUCUACCUCUAGCUCAUUUACCAUCUCAUGGUGGAGCUCGACUUGCUCCUGGAUUAACUUUAAAAAGACCGUUAGAUGAUGAUGAUCAUCAAAAUCAUCACGAGCCAGCAAAAAGGCUUUUAGAGGAACACUCUCGCCCUCCUCUAACUCGAGGGGAAUCACUGCCUGCAGUUUCUCUGGCGGCUCCAUUUGCACCUGACCGUGUUUUCAAACAAGAAAAACAUCCACUACGUACUCCGUCAUUUGACGCAGCUUUUAAAAGUAACGGUUAUGGAGGUAGUGCCCCUCUAACAAAUGGUUCAGCUGGGUCCCCAUUGGGCCGUACAGCUGGUUCCCCUCCGGUGACUGGUGCUGGAGCAGGUCCUUCGCCGAUGGCUGCACUUAUGUCAGUGACGGAUACUUUACCUCCAGGAUCCCCUCGUUCUACUGGAGGAUCACCGCCACAGCCACCACCCCAAAGAUCCGCUAGCCGCUCGAGUCAACAUUCGCCCAAUUCAUCAGGGUCGAACGGCGGGCGGCGGUCGUCGGGCUCGCGACACGUGUCUUCUACAACGUCCGUAUCGUCCACGGAGGCCAGUGAGGGAACAGAUGCGGCAGCUCCCGCUCCAGCGCCGUUGCUAAAGUGUACGCUCUGCCAAGAACGCCUCGAGGAUACGCAUUUCGUUCAAUGUCCGAGUCAACAACAUCACAAGUUCUGUUUCCCGUGCUCCCGGGAUUCAAUCAAGAGACAGCAAGGAUCUGAGGUUUACUGUCCAAGUGGCGAAAAGUGCCCGUUGGCGAAUUCAACCGUCCCCUGGGCUUUCAUGCAGGGCGAGAUCGCAACAAUCUUAGGAGAGGAAUUCAAACCUAAGAAAGAAAGGGAAACCUAG